AUGACAGUUAGCCAGCUGACCGUUUGGGCUGUUGAAUUAGAAUCUAUCAAAGAUGCCGCGAGUACCUCGGCCUACGCUAUGAUGACCUACUACAAGGGCAACGAGACCGGCCACAUCCCCGGAGCUUUCGCAAGCAAAUGGUGGGAGGGUGCAGCGCUGUUCUUGGCGCUUCUUCAAUACUGGCACUUUACGGGAGAUACGACCUAUAAUGAUAAUCUUCGUGUUGGAUUGGAGUGGCAGGCUGGUGACGAUGACUACAUGCCGACAAAUUACAGUUCCUAUAUUGGAAAUGAUGAUCAGAUGUUUUGGGGCUUGGCAGCCAUGACUGCUGCGGAGCUGAAAUUCGCCGAUGCUACAGAUGUUGGAGACAACUACUCGUGGCUCUCCCUAGCACAGGGUGUCUUCAAUAGUCAGAUCAAACGAUGGGACUCCACUACAUGUGAUGGUGGACUGCGGUGGCAGAUCUGGACUUACGAGUCUGGCUACACUAUGAAAAACUCUAUCUCCAAUGGUGGGUUGUUCCAGCUAGCAGCACGCCUUGCACGAUACACCGAGACCGACACAUAUGCCAACUGGGCCGAAAAGAUCUGGGACUGGUCUGUAUCUUCGCCCCUCCUCAGCAACAGCACCUGGAACGUGGCCGAUUCGACAGAGACAACAAACGAUUGUGCCACCCAAGGCGAUGAUCAAUGGUCAUAUAAUUACGGCACAUACUUAAUGGGUGCUGCUUACAUGUACAACUACACAAAUGGCAGCUCUGUUUGGCUCGAGGCCGUCGAUGGUUUGCUGAACAAAACCUUUGAACAUUUCCUCAACGAUGAUAUCCUGGAGGAAAAGCUAUGUGAGCCAACGGAGGCAUGUAACGACAACGAAAUUCUUUUCAAGGGACUGGUAUCCUCCUGGCUAUCCUUCACGGCUCUUUUGGUACCAUCAACUUAUGACACCAUCUUGCCGGUCCUCCAAACCUCUGGCCAGGCCGCCGCAAAAUCAUGCACAGGCCAUGAUAACAAUACCUGUGGAGUGAGAUGGUACAAGUCGGCAUAUGAUGGAUGGAUAGGCAUGGAAGAAGAGAUCAGUGCCACGAAUAUUUUUGUGGCAAAUAUGAUUGCCUUCGACACUUCGGCUCCAGUGACGGCAAGCACCGGUGGAAAUAGUACCAGCGAUCCCACCGCUGGUGAGAAUGACACCUCUACAUCGACUACCGAAUCAGCGAUCACGACGGGCGACAAAGCAGGCGCCGGAAUCUUGACAGUGGUGUUUGUCUCGAGCUGGGUUGGCUUGAUGACCUGGACAAUCCUGGGCGGCUAA